AUGAAGCAAGAUCGCGCGCAGGUGCAACUGCGCAGCGAGCGUUUCCCAUUUGUGGAAUGUAAACGCGUUGCAGCAGAUGAACCUUAUGUUAAGCCAUCGGGUUUAGGAGCACCUGAGCUCCAUCAGCAUCCGCCUAAAACAUCAAAAGCUGCACCUGUUGAUUCGUCUGCGAACCUAGGAACACUCCAGAGGUAUAUCGACGAUAGGCGCCACGAGUUGGCGAAAAAGCAGUGGCAGAUAUUCGAGCAAGAGCGGAAGCGCCUAGAAGAGUGGCAGCACGUGGAAUGCGACGAACGUUGCGCCAAGAAGGACGUCAUGGAUCAGAUUCAGAGCUGGGUGUACUUGGAGAACAAACAAAUAGAGGAGCGCCGGAGGCUGAGGUUGCAGCAGAAUAGCGACUUUGAGGACUUGAUCGCAUCCUGGGACGCUGCCCGCGAGGGAGUGCUGCGCCAGCACGAACCAUGGAGCGCCUCCGAAACAGGCCAGCGACGAUGA